AUGGCCCCCGUAUAUACGUCGCACCUCCUCGCGGCAGAAAUCAGAGACAGGAUGGCCCCAACAGUCGGUGUCAGCGGCACCGCCCACUCAUCCCUCCAAGUCGACGUCAAGACCAUCAUCACAGUCUGCCUCAGCAUUGGCUACGCCAUCUUCGGCGUCGUCGCGUACGCCUUCGCCAACAAAUGCCGCCUCUUCGCCCUACCCGAGUGGUACCGAGCCUCGGUCCGCGGCCUCAAGGAGAAGGUCCUGGUCACCCUGUGGUUCCCCGCGGUAUUUCUCCUGUGGCCGCUCGUUUUCUUGGCCUACCUGGCCUCCUGGUGCGGCCUUACGUUCUGCAAGGAGCUGGGGGCAAGGAGGAACAGAGCCGAGUCCAACGAGAUCGAACUGGAUGGCCGUAGGGAGCCGGCGGGUGAGCAGAGGAGCAGCACUGAGUUGGAGAGGUGGGUUGACUUGCCUCUUGACGAGGAACGGCCUGCUGAGCCUCAGCCAAAGUCCGUACCGGCUCGUGGGUUAUUCAUCAACCCGUUCGACGAGACUCAAAGAGGCCGAUCUGUUCACUCCCGCCCUCGGGGGAGUGAAGCUUCCACGAGCCGUAGCCCCAAGGACACCGGUGGAAGGGCUUCCGGUGCGGGGCUCGAGGAGGACCCGAUCGCGUGGUACGUCAAGCUGCCGCUGCCCGAGGAGAUGCUGCGGGACGCGUCCGCGCGGACGUCGUCCUCGGCAUCGUCGUCGUCGUCGUCGUCGUCAGGAGGCCGCAGUCGGAGCCCUUACGGCCGCGAGGACGGUGACGAUAGAACCACCCAGUUGACGACGAGCUUGCCCUUCGUGGGCGAGGACGAGUUCGAGCCCGAUCCGUUCGGGAAGCUCAAGGCUCGCUUGCAGACGAUUCCUGAGAGCGAGAAGGAGGAGGAGCUUGAAGAGUGGGAGGAAGCGAGGCUGCGGUGA